AUGAUUAGGAGACAAGCCGAAAUUCAGGAGGAGGCGACGAAAUCACUAGCCUCUACAAAGAGGCAAAAUGCCAUUAUAUCAGCAGAAUUAGACCUGCUACGGCAGCAAAGAGAGUUAGCAGCCAUAGAGGUGGAGGUCGAAGCUCUCCAGGACAUCAACCUCAAACCCAAAGUUAAAGCUCCUGGUUCUGUUCCUUCUAAAGGGGAAUUUGAACGAACUCAGGAAUUCGUGUUGGACCAAGAAGAAUAUCUACACGAAAGAUCUAGACAGAUUGACCCCACUUCGGAUAUUCAGUUAAGAUACAAAAAGUAUCAAAAAGAGGAUCUCGAAGUCAAGUGUCAGUCUCAAGUGUUAAUGAUGAUUGGUUUUGCUUUUAUUGCGCCGAAAGCCGACAAGAUGAAAUGA